AUGAAGAAGAAAAAAGAAGUCAAGUUAGUUAAGUCUUUGCCACGUAUUGAUACAUUUAUGAAAAGAAAAGAAAAAGGUGUAGGUGGAUCUUUGGUUAAUGAACAAUCAGAAGAGCACAUGGAAGAUAUUGUGGAAGAACACACUAAUGGCAAUGAAAUUGUAGAUGAUUUGGGUCAUGAUACAACUGAGAAUGAUGCAGAGCAUAAUAAUAAUGUAAAUCAUGCAGAUGAGACUUCGGUGAAUAUUUUUGAUCCUAGAGUUUGGGAUGCCUUAGAUAAAAAGCUAGUAGAUUUAUUGGUAGAAAAGGGUCCUCUUAGAGAUCUUUCCAUAGAAAGUGGCCCGCCAGACAAGUUAAAUAGACGUUUUAGUUCAAGAUUCUACACUCGAUAUUUAGGGAAUGGAGAGAAGUAUGAUAGAGAACUUAAGGAGCAUGAAAUGAGUGUUGAUCAUCUCAUUACUGCAAAUACUUGGACUGAUUUGCGUAUUAGAUUACAAAAGCAUGAAACUAUUGAUAAAGCUUAUCAAGACCAGAUUAGAAAAGAGAAAGAACAUUGGAGGAAUGUAUUGAAAAGAAUAAUUGCAAUUGUGAAAUUUCUCGCUAAAUAUAACUUAGCUUUUCGUGGAACUAAUGAGAGGCUUUAUCAAUCUAAUAAUGGUCUCUUUCUUGGCCUAGUUGAAAUGGGGGCAGAAUUUGAUGAAGUAAUUGAGGAGCAUUGUCGGCGAAUUACUAAUGCUGAAAUUCAUCAUCAUUAUCUUGGACACAACAUUCAAAAUGAGUUGUUGCAAAUGAUAGCUCUUGAGAUCAAGGCUAAAAUUAUAAAGACAAUCAAAGAUGCUGAAUAUUUCUCUGUGAUUCUUGAUUGCACACCGGAUAUUAGUCAUCAAGAGCAAAUGUCAUUGAUACUUAGAUGUGUCAAUGUUUCAAAAAGUCCAAUACAAAUUGAAGAGUUCUUUUUAGAAUUCUUAAAUGUUCAUGACACUUCUGGUCGAGGGCUAUUUGAAGAGUUAUUAGCUGUGAUACAGUCACUAGAUCUUGAUAUCAAUAAUGUGAGAGAACAAGGGUAUGAUAAUGGGUCAAACAUGAAAGGAAAACACCAAGGGGUGCAAAAAAAGUUACUAGAUAUCAAUCCUAGAGCUUUAUACACUCCUUGUGGUUGUCAUUGUUUGAACCUAACCAUUUGUGAUGUGGCAAAUUCUUGUACAAAAGCAGUUGAUUUUUUUGGAGUGUUACAACACCUUUAUACCUUAUUUGCAGGUUCUACAAAGAGAUGGCAGUUCCUAAAAGACAAUGUUAAAGGGUUCACUCUGAAAUCAUUAUCCACCACGCGUUGGGAGAGUCGUAUUGAGAGUGUGAAGCCUCUACGAUUCAAUGCUAUUGAAAUAAAAGAAGCAUUACUUCAACUGGCUGAAGCUGACAAAUAUCCCAAAAUAAAAAGUGGUGCAAAAUCAAUUGCCACUAAUGAGCUAGGUGACUUUGAGUUCUUGCUGAGCAUGGUGAUCUGGUAUGAAAUCUUGUUUGCUUUUAAUAAGGUUAGCAAAAUGCUACAAUCUGAUGACAUGCAAAUAAGUGUUGCUAUUAGUGAGGUAAAAGGUCUAAUUGCUUGGCUAGAUAGAUUUAGAGAAAAUGGCUUCAAGGAAGCAAUCAUUACCACUAAGGAAAUUGCUGAUACCUUAAAUGUUGCUCAAGUUUUUCCAGAAAAGCAUAUAAUUCAUAGUAAGAAAUUUUUUGAUGAAAGAGCCGAUGAGCCAUUACCAUCAUCUUGUGAAACUUUGAAUUCCUUAGAUAAUAUUGAUUUAAGAGCUGCUUGCAUUCAUCUUGAGGAUGUUUUGAGACAUGGAGAGAGUUCAGAUAUUGAUGGGGAAGACUUGUUCAGAGAGCUGAAACUUUUGAGGGAAAUAUUACCUAGAGUAAGUAUGACAGCUUGUGAUAUAUUGAAUUUCUUACAAGAGAGGAAUACUUUCCCGGUGAUCAGACUUGCAUAUCGAAUAUUGUUAACUAUUCCUGUUACUGUUGCUUCAGCUGAGAGAAGUUUUUCCAAGUUAAAGCUAUUAAAGUCUUAUUUGCGAUCAACUAUGUCACAAGAAAGAUUAAAUGGACUUGCUUUGAUUUCGAUUGAGAAUGAUUAUCUUGGGAAAAUCAAUUGUGAUAAACUGAUUGAUGAUUUUGCUGCUAAGAAUGCAAGGAGAUGGAUUUUCAAAUGA